GUGAGGCUGGAGACAGAGGCCAGGAGAAAGCCGUGCGGAGGUGGUCGUGGUUCAGGAAACGUUUAAUCUGCAGCCCUGGUGGUGGAGACCCUGCUGCCCCGAGCACGAUGGUGGCUUGUGCAGCUUGCACCGUGUAGCUGCACCAUGAACGGGACAGGGGAACAGAGCCAGGUGGAAAAAACCCUACAACCUGCAGUUGAUGCAAAAUGAGCGUCCCUGACUACAUGCAGUGUGCCGAGGAUCACCAGACUCUCCUGGUCGUGGUUCAGCCGGUCGGCAUCGUACCCGAAGAGAGCUUUUUUAGGAUCUACAAGCGAAUUUCAGCAGUGAGUCAAGUUAAUGUGCGCGACUCGCAGCGCGUGUUGUAUAUCCGUUAUAGGCACCAUUAUCCCCCCGAGAACAACGAAUGGGGGGAUUUUCAGACACACCGGAAAGUUGUGGGCUUGAUAACUAUCACAGACUGUUCUUCUGCAAAGGACUGGCCUCAGACUUUUGAAAAAUUCCAUCUUCAAAAGGAAAUGUACGGUUCCACGCUCUAUGAUUCCCGCUUGUUUGUCUUUGGCCUUCAAGGAGAGAUUGCAGAGCAGCCCCGCACGGAUGUGGCGUUUUAUCCCAGUUAUGAUGAAUGUGAAACCGUGGAGAAGAGAAUAGAAGAUUUUAUCGAAUCCCUCUUCAUUGUGCUGGAGUCUAAGCGGCUUGACAGAGCCACUGAUAAGUCUGGAGACAAGAUCCCGCUCCUCUGUGUUCCCUUUGAGAAGAAGGAUUUUGUAGGUCUGGACACAGACAGUAGACACUACAAGAAGCGUUGCCAAGGCCGGAUGCGGAAGCACGUUGGUGACCUGUGUUUACAAGCUGGGAUGUUACAGGAUUCCUUGGUGCACUACCACAUGGCGGUGGAGCUGCUGCGGUCUGUAAAUGAUUUUCUGUGGCUCGGAGCUGCCCUCGAGGGGUUAUGUUCAGCAUCAGUCAUCUAUCAUUACCCUGGUGGUACUGGAGGUAAAGUUGGAUCUCGUAGGGCACAAGGAGGUUCUCUUUCUGCUGAGGCAGGCAACAGGCACAGACCAGGUGCGCUGACUUCAAAUGGUAUAAAUGCAGAUACCAGUGCUGAAAUCGGACGUGCCAAGAAUUGCCUGAGCCCUGAAGACAUCAUAGAUAAAUAUAAAGAGGCCAUCUCUUACUAUGGCAAGUACAAGAAUGCUGGUGUGAUUGAACUGGAGGCCUGCGUGAAGGCAGUGAGAGUCCUUGCAAUACAGAAAAGGAGCAUGGAAGCCUCUGAAUUCCUUCAGAAUGCAGUUUAUAUCAAUCUCCGUCAGCUUUCAGAAGAAGAAAAAAUCCAGCGUUACAGCAUUCUUUCCGAGCUGUACGAACGUAUUGGUUUUCACCGCAAAUCUGCUUUUUUCAAGCGUAUAGCAGCAAUGCAGUGCGCUGCCCCGAGCAUCCCAGAGCCUGGGUGGAGGGCGUGCUACAAACUGCUUUUGGAAACUCUCCCUGGCUAUAGCUUAUCACUGGAUCCUAAAGAUUUCAGCAAAGGAACUCAUCGAGGAUGGGCUGCAGUACAGAUGCGUUUGCUUCAUGAACUCGUGUAUGCCUCCAGAAGAAUGGGCAAUCCUGCUCUGUCUGUCAGGCAUCUGUCCUUCCUUCUCCAGACCAUGCUGGAUUUUCUUUCUGAUCAAGAAAAGAAGGAUGUCACGCAGAGCUUGGAAAGCUACACAGCAAAGUGCCCUGGCACAAUGGAAUUCAUCACUCUGCCAGAUGGUUUGAAGUUACCUCCUGUUCCGUUCACCAAAUUGCCUAUUGUGAGAUCUGUGAAGCUCUUGAACCUCCCCACCAGUCUCCGACCUCACAAAAUGAAAAGUCUGCUGGGUCAGAAUGUGUCAACCAAAAGCCCCUUCAUAUAUUCUCCAAUUAUUGCUCACAAUCGUGGGGAAGAACGAACUAAGAAAAUAGACUUCCAGUGGGUCCAGGGAGAUGUAUGUGAAGUUCAGUUGAUGGUGUACAACCCUAUGCCUUUUGAGCUCCGAGUAGAAAACAUGGGUCUCUUGACUACAGGAGUAGAAUUUGAAUCUCUUCCUGCAGCCCUUUCUCUACCUGCGGAGUCUGGUCUCUAUCCGGUAACUCUUGUUGGUGUUCCUCAAACCACUGGACAGAUCACUGUCAAUGGUUACCAUACGUCAGUUUUUGGAGUCUUCAGUGAUUGCCUUCUGGACAAUCUGCCAGGAGUGAAGACCAAUGGCUGUACUGUUGAAGUCAUUCCAGCUUUGCCAAGGCUACAGAUCAGUACCUCCCUUCCGAGGUCUGCUCAUACACUUCAGCCUUCUUCAGGGGAUGAAAUCUCCACGAAUGUAUCUGUCCAGCUUUACAAUGGAGAGACGCAACAGCUGAUCAUUAAGUUAGAAAACAUUGGAACGGAACCACUGGAGACACUGGAGGUCACAUCGAAAACAGUGAACACUAAGGAGAAGCUGUAUGGUGACUUCUUGAGUUGGAAGCUAGAAGAUACUCUCUCCCAGUUUCCUCUAAAACCUGGGAAGAUUGCAACUUUUACUGUAAACAUCAAAGUGAAGCUGGACUUUUCAUGCCAAGAAAACCUUCUGCAAGAUCUCAAUGACGAUGGAAUCAGUGUCAGCGGACUUCCACUUUCCAGUCCUUUUCGGCAGGUUGUCAAACCAAGAGUAGAGGCUAAACCUGUUAAUCCACAAGAAAGCAGCAAAGCUGGUGACUUCAGUCAUGUGAAGACACUGGAAGCCAUUUUGAAUUUUAAAUACUCUGGUGGACCAGGACACGUUGAAGGCUAUUACAGGAACCUUUCACUGGGUCUUCAUGUAGAAGUAGAGCCGUCUGUUUUCUUCACACGUGUCAGUACCCUUCCAGCAACAAGCACCCGGCAGUGCCAUCUACUUCUGGACGUCUUCAAUUCUACAGAGCACGAGUUGACCAUUAGUGCUAGGAACAAUGAAGAUUUAAUUCUGCAUGCCGGGGAAUGUCAGCGUAUGGCUAUCCAAGUUGACAAGUUCAAUUUUGAGAGCUUCCCAGAAUCCCCUGCUGAUGGGACACAGUUUGCGAACGAAAAGCAGCUGGAAGAAGAAAGACAACAGGCAAAAGGUCUGGAGAUUAACAGCAAGCUGGAUAUUUGCUGGAAAAUUCCUUCCUUGAAGCGUGAAGGAGAAGCAAGUGUGGAAGGCGUUCUCAAUCAACUGGUCCUGGAGCAUCUACAGCUAGCUCCUCUCCAGUGGGAUAUCCUUGUCGACGGCAAGCUUUGUGACUGUGAUGUCGUGGUGGACUGCCAAGUGGGCGACCCCGUCCCGCUGGAGGUGAAGCUGACCAACUGGAGCAAGCACAGCGUGGGGCCCUUCGCUCUCACCGUGACGCCCUACCAGGAUUACCAAAAUGGGGUGCACAACUAUGAGCUGCAAGAUGCUAUCACUUUUGUGGGAUCCAACACCUUCUACAUUGAUUCUGUGAAGACGACCAAAGACUCUGUGUACUUUGGAGCACUUCUUUUCCUCUACACAGGCGAUUUCUAUCUGAAUAUCAAAUUCCAUGAAGACAACUGCAGCAGGGAGCUGCCUCUCUCCUGGUUCUGCCUUCCUAGUGUCCACAUCCGUGCUAUGGAGCCUGUGGCUGGAACUAAGCUGUAAAUGCACUGUGCGCUAUUUGAUUAACAACAGUGCACAAAAAUGCUUGGCACAUCCUCUGCUUGACCCCAGCUUGUUUCUGUCCAACCCCAGGCCACAGUCCCUACUUUGGAGGAACAGCUGAAUGCUCUCUGAAUUGGCUGAUAGUCAUUUGGGCAGCUGCUUUAGCUAAUUUCAGAGAGAGAGACAGAUUAUAACUAUGCUCGAGCUUUCCUCUGUUUCCAAAAAACCUUUGAAACUGCUAAUAUAUGCAUCAUACUUUCAUACACCCCAUUGAUACCAGUGGAUUUGAAAGGGACUUGAGGGCUGAAUUUAAGGGGGCUGAACUUAACCACGCGUUUGAAGGCCUCAACUCCAACUUGAAUAGUCUCUUUUUAGCAUUUCAACACAAGUUGAAAUUUCUGAAUGAAAUUCCUCCUGGCUUAGGCUGGACCUGUGGCAUGUAGCCUUGAGGUGUAGGUUCUCUGUUAGAAUUGUUCCCAGGCUUGGUCUUUUUCACUUGUUUGCUUAGUAUUUGGUGUCUUUGGUGGUAAAUAGCAAUAGAGAUGCUUUUUCUCGUGUUACUGAAAGUAAGAAUAGCAAACGUGCCUCCAGUUAUUCUGUUCCUCCCGAGUCCAGUGCCACAUGCUCCUGGUAGGGUCACGCUGCUUUUACUUUGGUAGAUCUGUGAACAAACGAAAAAAGGCAAUGAAAAGCUUAAAGAGUUUUGUCCUUGAGAAAGGAAAUAAGUCAACUUCUGGGUUGCCUGUGGCUUGCCUGUGAAUUUGGGCUUUCGUAGUUCUCUUUAAUACAAUCACAACCGAUUGAAAUGUUUGCAGACACUUAAAGAGCCACCAGAAUUAAUCAGCUGGCCAUUAUUAUCCCUUUGCAUCAGUUUUUGCAAGCUCUUCUCAUCAGGUUUUUCAUGCUAAUAGACUGGGUUUGAUUAUGUGGUUGUUUUGUUCUUUUCUCUCUUUUUUUUUUUUUUUGUUUCUUUAUUUUUUUGAUUUGUUUUGUUGGAAUGAGUAAGCUUAAUUAUUAGGCAAUUAAGAGCAUGGAAUUCCCGACCAUAAAAUACCUGAUGAACAUAUUGGAAAUUUAAUCUGUUGUCUUUCAGAAUUUAUUUUUUUUUGCAUAAAGAAACCUGAAUCUACCCCAUGUAGCGCAGGGAGAUGUCUGACAUGUAUGAUUAAUACAGGUUUCAAACCUGUCUGAAUCUUUUCUUAAAUUUACAUCCUGUAGCUCUUCAGGUUCAUGGUAGAAUAAUUUCAGGGAUGAAUAUGCCAAAAUGCAGUAGGGGCACUCACGUUAGCUCUAUAUGUGUUAAACCUACAUGCACAACCUCUUUGCAGAUUUUUUUUGUGUAGGCUUCAUCCAAAAGUGGACGCACUUGCCCUGGUCCAUCCUGCUCAUGCUGUGGAGCAGUAGAUUGGAUAGCCACUCGUUCUGGCUCUCUGCACUGUGCUCAUUUGUACUUUUAGAUGUGACUGGUGUUUUCCUUAGGAACGUGACACUGCUCAAAACUCAGUCCAUUGCAUGUUUGGAAAUUACUGUAAUGUAUUCAUCCUACAUAUGUUAUUUUUAAAUUUAGGAGACCUAUAGCUAUUGCAUGAUAACUGUAUUUCCAGCACAUCCAGGGUAUUAUCUCUAAAACCGUAUUGUGGUAAUGCUAUCAGUGUUUGUUCUGGGGCUGUGUCUCUGUACACAGCUUCCACACAGAGUGGAAGUCUUCAGACGUAACGUGAUGGAAAUCUGAGACCGACUGAAGAUUUACUUGCAGUGAUGUACUGCUCUGCCAGCUGCCAGCACACAAUGUCCACUAACAAAACUGCUCCUUUGAUUGCACAGUGGCUCUGGGCCAGAGGCACCCUUGGAAAGAGGGGCAAAAGCAGCCAAGCUGGGCAUGUUUUUUGUGUCAUUGGAGGCCGGUUCUGUGCUAUAAGGCUGAAUUCUCUGUCACUAGAUAGACAUAUACACAGAAAAAUAAGAUCCCAGGAGAGCAGGAAUUAAACCAGUUAAUCUUCUCCAUAAAAGCUUGCUUUUGACAUGUGUCUCUGUACUGUGUUACACAACACUGUUGCAGCAAAAUCCAAAUUGGGUUUUAUUCAGUAUUCCCAGCAGGUAAUCUGCAGAUGCGAGGCAUAUAGCUAAGGCUUUGUAGGGACCACACUGCAUCUGAAACAAAACUAUUGUGAAGCAGAAGCUGUUGUAGUGAGGAUCCUUCAGCUUACCUGGCUACGGGAUCAUUUCCUAGUAUGUGUUUGAGCGUAUUCUCUGAGAACAGAGGGAAUAGUUCCUGUGAAGCCUAUGCUGAGGUGCAACGCUGCCCUUCACUUACAAAGGGGGGUGAUUCCUAGCCUGCUGAAGCUGCUGGAAUGGGAACAGGUUUUAUUAUAGCAAAAGAUGGCUGCAUAUUUCCUAGGUUUCCAAUAUGCCAUUAUAAAUCUGCCAUAUGUGCUCAUAAAUAUGAGUUUUAUGUGUGAGCUGACCCUUAAUGGUCUAUCUGUUCAUUAUACAGUAUACCACUCUGUCCCUUGUCAACUUUGAUACUUAGUUGCUUUUGGCAUUUAUGAUACCUUUCCCAAUUUUCUUACACUUCUACUUGUCUUGGAGAGAGAGAUGGAACACAAGAAAUUCUUCCUUCUGGGGAUCAUUUGUGACAUGUCCAGAAGGAGAAUGUUUAAGUGUCAGUGUAAUUUGGCAAAGGGGGAGGGGACAGCACUUGAAAUGAGAAUACUGCAUCACUUUUGGUUUUCUUUUUAAUGGAAGCUUUCACUGGUAUUGCUGUCAGCUUUGGUCCUUGCAAUGGCUUGAAUAAAGGAUGAUACUUUUCUGAUCUGCUCUCCUUUUCUGGAACUGAAAACUUGUUUUUCUCUUUCCAAACCACCCAGCUAUUAUUUUGAACAUGAAGAGCCAAACUGUGCGUUGUUACACAGCUGUAAAUCUGAUAUGAUCCUACUUGGUUGAAUUAAAUCAUUCCUAAUUUAAAUCACCGUUGCUGAGAGCAGAAGUUGGUCCAAUAUAUGUAUGCAUUGAAGAAACAUAAGUUGUGUAAAUUUAACUAUCUGAAUAAAUACUUAUUCUGUGUUAUUUAC